AUGGUCAUCACCCAGGAGACCCAAAAUGGAGUUAAUCCUGACUGGGAGAAGAAAGUAAUUGAAUAUUUUAAGGAAAAGCUGAAGGAAAACAAUGCUCCUAAGUGGGUGCCUUCAUUAAAUGAAGUUCCCCUCCAUUAUUUGAAACCUAACAGUUUUGUGAAGUUUCGUUGCAUGAUUCAGGAUAUGUUUGACCCUGAGUUUUAUAUGGGAGUUUAUGAAACGGUUAACCGAAACACAAAAGCACGGGUUCUUCAUUUUGGAAAAUACAGAGAUAUAGCUGAGUGUGGGCCUCAACAAGAAGUUGAUUUAAACUCACCACGAACUACUACUUUGGAAAGACAGACUUUCUAUUGUGUUCCAGUGCCUGGGGAAUCUGUGUGGGUAAAAGAAGCCUAUGUUAACACAAACCAAGCUCGAGUCAGCCCUUCAACAUCCUACACUCCCAGCCGCCACAAAAGGAGCUACGAAGACGAUGAGGACAUGGACCUACAGCCUCAUAAGCAGAAAGACCAGCACGCAGGCGCACGGCCAGCAGGGAGCGUUGGUGGGCUGCAGUGGUGUGGAGAGCCAAAGCGUUUAGAAACUGAAGCUUCUACUGGGCAGCAGCUAAACUCCCUGAAUCUCUCGUCUCCUUUUGAUCUGAAUUUUCCACUGCCAGGAGAGAAGGGCCCCGCAUGCCUUGUGAAGGUCUAUGAAGACUGGGAUUGUUUCAAAGUGAACGAUGUCCUUGAGUUGUACGGCGUCCUCUCUGUGGAUCCUGUCCUCAGCAUACUCAACAGUGAGGAAAGGGACGCCGCCUCUCUCCUGGAGCCAAUGGAGUGCGCGGACACGGCUGAAGAACAGAGAGUGCACAGUCCCCCUGCUUCCUUAGUGCCGAGAAUCCAUGUGGUUUUGGCCCAGAAGCUGCAGCACAUCAAUCCGCUGCUGCCGGCUUGCCUUACCAAGGAGGAGAGCAAAACCUUUGUUUCCAGUUUCAUGUCUGAAUUGUCUCCAGUCAGAGCAGAGCUGCUUGGCUUCCUCACUCAUGCUCUUCUGGGAGAUAGUUUGGCUGCUGAGUACCUUAUCUUACACCUCAUCUCUACAGUAUACACAAGAAGAGAUGUCCUUCCAUUAGGGAAAUUUACAGUUAACUUGAGUGGCUGCCCUCGGAACAGUACCUUCACCGAACACUUGUAUCGAAUCAUCCAGCAUCUUGUUCCGGCAUCAUUUCGUCUCCAAAUGACCAUCGAGAACAUGAAUCAUUUGAAGCUCAUUCCCCACAAAGACUACACGGCCAACCGCUUGGUCAGUGGGCUGCUGCAGCUCCCCAGCAACACUUCGCUCGUGAUUGAUGAGACUCUGCUGGAGCAAGGACAGCUGGACACCCCAGGUGUUCAUAAUGUGACUGCCCUGAGCAACUUAAUAACUUGGCAGAAGGUGGACUAUGACUUCAGUUACCACCAGAUGGAAUUUCCCUGCAAUAUUAACGUCUUCAUCACUUCUGAGGGGCGGUCACUCCUGCCGGCAGACUGCCAGAUCCACCUGCAGCCGCAGCUGACGCCGCCGAACAUGGAGGAGCACAUGAGCAGCCUCCUCUCGGCGGUGCUGCCUUCUCUGCUCGACAAGUUCCGCAUUUACUUGACCCUUCUGAGGUUCCUGGACUACAGCAUCUCUGAUGAGAUAACCAAGGCAGUUGAAGACGACUUUGUGGAAAUGCGUAAGAAUGAUCCUCAGCGUGUCACCGCAGACGACCUCCACCAGCUGCUCAUCGUAGCUCGGUUCCUGUCUCUCAGUGCUGGUCAGACAACGCUGUCAAGAGAACGGUGGCUGAGAGCAAAGCAGCUGGAGUCCUUACGAAGAACCAGGCUUCAGCAGCAGAAAUGUGUGAAUGGAAAUGAACUUUAAAGAUCUGGUACAACUAAAGAGUAAGGGGCAGAUUGUAGCCACAGUCUUGUAAAAUUCAAUUAUCAUUUAUACCACAUUGUUUUGUAGAUAAUUUGUAUCAAAAACCAAUGAUUUUUCCUGAAAUCAAGCCUGGUAACAUCUGAAGUUUAUAUAAUAUUCAGUAAGGGCUUUUGCCUUACUGGUUUUAUGGAGCUUUUGAAGUUUGUUUUAUAAUUCUAUAAAUUAGUAACACUGUACAAAAAUGUAUUUGAUAUUAAAAGUUUAAUAUUGAUAACGUUGCUGAUUAUCCCAUUUCCUGAGCUGUCUAAUCAUAGACCAGACUUAAAAUGCUCCCAACUGCAUCUGAAGAGAACUUGCAAUUUGAAAGUCAGGAAUUGUUCACUUCAGAUUUCGCUUUCUAGCUAACAGUGGGUCUGGAUGUGCUCGCGGGCCCUGGGUGGGGAAGGGGCGCGCUAACAUCACUUCAUGCGAGCAUGUGAAAUUCUAUAGUAGCAUUUCCCAAACAUUUGGCCACAGAAACCUUUUUCUUCCACAGUAGCUAAUAGGCUGCUAGUCUUACAUGGCAGUGGUUCCCAGACUUUUGGAUUUAAUGGACCGGUGAUUCCAAAAAUUUGUGGGGGCUGAUAGAUAGGGUUGCCAAUUUAUUUUCCCAAGUAAUCUGAAAAAAAUCAGUUUUCUCACCAGUUUUUUUUUUGUUUGUUUUUUAAAUAAAAGGACAAUCUCAGAAAAAGAUAAGUCCCUUAAAUGGAAUAAAUGUAGCAUUUUAAAAAAACAUUAUUUGUCCUUAUUUUUCUCAUUUCACCCCACUACUUGGGAACCACUGUUUUAUGGCACUCACUUAGGGAAUGUUGCACUGUGAAGUUGUUUUGCCCAAAUAUAAAAAGAGCAAAAUAGCAAAUUUUUAAUGCCUUUAGAAAAAGUUUUUAAUUUUAUUCCUAAUAAAUGUCAUUUAGUUGCUUUGUUGGAUUUUGAAUUUUUAUAUAAGCUUAUCAAUUACUACAGCAGCAUAGUUAUGACAUCAGGCAUCUUUGAAAAGGUUAGAACGUUAAAGGUAUCAGUGGUUUUACAUCUGAAGUUUACUUAGUUUUAACCUAGCCCCUUCCUGCAAAAGGCCUAAAUUGACGUUGCUAACCAAGAAAGCAGGGUCAGUCUAGGGAACUGAAAAUUACUGGUUAACAUUUUUUUCCUAAACACAAAUCUAUUUUUAUAAACUGAUGUAAAUAAUCUGUUUGUAUUUAGAGUUCUAACUUGUUUUCAUUUUUAUAACUGGUAGAAUAGACCUAAGUUUUAGAAAUAAAAUUAAAGUUCAACUGAAUUUCUGAGAAUAAGAUUUUUAAUUGGCUUAGAAAAAAGUAGGUUAGUUACAGUGUUUUUAUGUGCCAACGUGAACUGUAAUUUACCAAAGAGCUUUGCUUGGUCUUGUAGGAGUUCCCCUUGAAAGGAAAUCCUUUUCAAAUAAAUCGAACUUCCCCAAUUACUAGCACUUAGGGCUGUUUUUCAUCAAUUCAAAGGCUAAUGCCAGCUACCGUGUGGUUUGUGUGAAGAUCCUGUUCUUGUGGUUGUCAGCCAGUUACAGUCAAGUGCAGGAGGUGGCAUAGCACCCAGGCCCUCCGCGGCGGGGAGGCUGGCGCCGAGCUUCAGAGGCCCUUGCUCCAGUGCCUGCACGUGUGGACAUCAGCUUGCUGAGCUAAUUAAUACAAUGUGAAUCCUAUUUGUAGAGCCAGAAAACGUUCAUUGUGAUCAGGGUAUACAAACACCUUACUCAUGGUCUUAAUAAAAACAACAACACAACAACAAAAAACCUUUGCAACCAAUUUCUGUGGAGCAUAAACACUUCUCAUGACUUCGGCUUAUAUUUGCUGUCAUGUUGUAGGACUUUAAGUUUGCACUGAAGUAUUUUCACUUAAGUUUAUUUUCAAACAAGAAAAAUUGGUAGGAACAAAAUAAAAACAUUUGGUUCCAGUGUCUGGAUUUUGAAAUUUGAUGGCUUGUGAUGUAUUUCAUUAUUUUUAAGAAAAACACUUCAAGAGGAACAAAUGUCAGGCCAGGUGUUCAGUUACAGAAAAUUUACCUUGCAAAUAUUAAAGAAUUCUCAUACACUUUAUCGCUUAAAUUACAAUGGCAUUUUAUUUUAAAUAAUCACAAGAUUUGACACUUCCAAAAAAAAAGGACACCACUAAUAAAUAACAAAAGUGGAAAUACUUAUCAAAGUUGUUAUAACAGACAUAAUGUUUAGCUGAGAAUCACUUCAACAGGGUAACACUAAAGAUCAGAUAAACCAACACUUGUUCGGAAUAAGAUGUGCAACUUACGGGCUUACAGAAGAGGCCUUGGUUCCAUGUGGUCAGGGUUAGUCAUAAAACCAGUUUUAGCACAACUGUGCUUCAAGCUAUACUUUCAACAGUCGUGUUAGCCUGCAGAUGUUAAGGAAUGCCCCUACAAAGAAUUACAACUUGAAAGCUUCCUUCAGGAAUUACCAGUACAUCCAUACAUUCCUAAAAACAGAGCAAAAUUAAGUAGGUGCUAGUAUUCACUUCUGAUGUCAGGUUUUCCUGAUUACUGUGCUUCUAGACUUUGGGCUGUUAGGUGGCAGAAUAUCUUAGAAGUUUAAGAAUAUGGAGAAAAUUUAGUAUCAAAUGGGCAUGUAUACUGCCAAUACCUCAAUUAAUGCUUUUUUUUUUUAAAGCAUUAAAUUCAAAUACUUCUCCAUACUAGGGCAUACUUUUUAAAAAGUCACUAAAAACUAAAUGUAUUUACCUGAUAGAGGCAAUACAAACAAGUUACGAAAAAUUAUAAUUUCUUAAAUGUGUCCAUGCCCAGUUUUAAUGUCUAAAGUCACUACCCACCCGCCCAACCCC